GCAAGAAAACACAACUUCAUACAGGCAAUGACAAGAAAAGAGCCAAAACACCUGUCUUGCACUUUCCCUUUAUUAUGUUUCUUCUUCUCUUUCAUUGCACACACCGUCCCAAACAUGGCUUAUCCUCUCUCCACAAGCUCCCGUUGGAUUGUAGACGAGAAUGGUCAACGAGUGAAGCUAGCGUGUGUGAACUGGCCAUCGCACCUGCAGCCUGUGGUGGCGGAAGGACUGAGUAAACAACCGGUCGACGCAGUAGCCAAGAAGAUAGUGGAAAUGGGUUUCAAUUGUGUUAGGUUAACUUGGCCGUUGGAUUUGAUGACUAAUGAGACAUUGGCUAAUAAUGUCACAGUGAGACAAUCUUUUCAAAGCCUUGGUCUUACAGAUGACAUUGUUGGCUUCCAAACUAACAACCCCUCCAUUAUUGAUUUCUCCCUCAUUGAAGCUCUCAAGAUGGUGGUUACAAAAUUAGGAAACCACAAUGUGAUGGUUAUAUUAGACAACCACCUAACCAAAUCAGGGUGGUGCUGUGCCAACAACGACGGUAAUGGUUUCUUCGGUGACAACUUCUUCGAUCCCACCGUAUGGACCGCAGCUUUGAGUAAAAUGGCAGCAACUUUCAACGGCGUCUCUAAUGUCGUUGGCAUGAGUCUAAGGAAUGAACUUAGAGGACCUAAACAAAACGUUAACGAUUGGUUCAAGUACAUGCAACAAGGAGCGGAAGCAGUUCAUUCAGCAAACAAGAACGUACUUGUAAUCAUGUCCGGUCUCAGUUUCGACACUGGCCUCUCUUUCAUUAUGCCGCGACCCGUCCAUCUAUCUUUCACCGGAAAACUCGUCUUCGAGCUCCACUGGUAUUCUUUCUCUGACGGAAACUCAUGGUCGACCAAUAACUCCAACGAUAACUGCGGUCAGGUUCUAAACCGGAUAAGAAACAAUGGCGGUUUUCUCCUUAACCAAGGCUUUCCCUUGUUCCUCAGAGAGUUUGGUAUAGAUGAAAGAGGAGGAAACGUUAAUAAUGAUCGCUAUUUUGGAUGUCUAACCGGUUGGGCGGCCGAAAAUGAUGUCGACUGGUCACUAUGGGCCCUAACCGGAACUUAUUACUUAAGACAAGGCGUGGUCGGGUUGAAUGAGUAUUAUGGUGUGCUGGAUUCGGAUUGGAUUAGUGUUCGAAACUCGAGUUUCUUGCAAAAGAUCUCUCUUCUUCAAUCUACACUUCAAGGACCGGGCCCUCGAACGGAUGCUUACAAUCUGGUUUUCCAUCCGUUAACCGGACUUUGCCUGGUAUGUUCUCUUAAGGACACGACAAUGCUCACUCUUGGUCCGUGCAAUAGUUCCGAACCGUGGAGCUACACUAAGAAAACAUUACGAAUCGAGGACCAGCCUUUGUGUUUACAGAGUAACGGACCAGAAAAUAGGGUUACGAUGUCUAGGACGGAUUGUUCCAUAUGGCAGACUAUCUCGGCCUCUAGGAUGCACUUGGCUUCGACAACAAGUAACAAUAAUCCUCUUUGCCUUGACGUGGACGCAACCAACAAUAUCCUGGCUAAUCCUUGCAAGUGUCUGAGUAUGGACAGUUCGUGUCAGCCAAUGAGCCAGUGGUUCAAGAUCAUUAACGCUACCAGGCCAUUGAAGAGCUCGAAACUGUACAAACAGUUGGAGAAUCUGUCUCCCAAAUCGGAUAUGUUGUAAAGCUCUUUGACUUGCUAAAAAAACUAUUAAAAAUAAGAUAAAAAAAUGUCUUCUCGUUUAAGAUAAGAAAAUAAUAAAAAAGAUUAGGAUUUCUUGUGC